UUUUAUUAAUCGAAUCUAUAUUAUAGUAUAUUUAUGAUUUAAUAAGGAAUAAUUUGAAAUUUAUUGGAAGUUUAGUUUCUUGCCAUUUUUAUUGUAUCAUACUGUGUUUAUGUUCUUUCGAAUGGUAUUAGAUAUAAACGAACGCGAUGGACUGUCCGGCACUUAUUAAUAUAUUUCAUAUUCCUAAAAUAAUAUGGUAUCAAACGGAUAAUACAAUUGGUAUCCGUGUUAUGUUACAAGACGUUAAGGACUAUUUUCUUAGGGUCGAAAUUGACCAUUUAUUUUUUAGCACCAUAUUGAACGACAAAGAAUAUUAUCUAAGUUUGUAUCUAUUUGGCAGUGUGAUACCAGAAAAAACUACUCAUCUCAAUUUGGAAAGAGAAAUUAAAAUCAAUCUAAUAAAGGCAUUUAAAUGGUUACCUUGGUUAAGAUUAUUAAAUAAUAAGGAAAAAUUUCCUUAUGUAGUUCAUGAUCUAGAACGUCUUUAUGAACCAAGUUGGAGGAAGGAUGAAAAAAAGAAAAUUGUUGUAGAUGAUGAACACAAAAUAGCUGAGUAUCUGCGCACGAAAAAUAUUUUACCCGAUGAUGAAUAUACCGAUGAAGAUUCCGAUGAAUGGCUAGACAAUGAAAUGCUAUAUGAUUUAUUGUUUUAAUACAUUUAUUACUACUAGCCGUAAAGAUAUAACCAUUUUUUAAAAAAGACAUUAUUUAAUUUACAUUUCCCAAUGUGAUUACAAUAGAAUUUUAAUCUUUUAAAUCUACAAUUAAUUAGAAUGCUCGAUUAAUGAUAUUCAAUCUGCGAGAAAUGUUUUUCUUUAUAUGAAAAAUAUUUUAUUUGCAAUAUACGGUUUCAUUAAAUGUUUAUAUUUGAAUAAGUUACAGAAAA